GCAGGCUCUGCCUCUCUUUCUUUCUCUCUCUCUCCCUCCGAUUAGCCUUGGGAUUUGCUUCUGCGUUUAACUGGUCGAUUCAGACUUAUUGAAAUGGAAAAAGGCAGUGGUUGUUGCUUCUCUGCAAUGACAUCGAAUGCUACCAUCCUUGUUCUUGUUACCAUCAUCACCGUAAUAUCGACUCGUGUUCUAUAUAUUAUGUAUCAAAGCGGCAAACCAUUGCACAAUACUGCUCCACAAUCCGUCAGUACCCUCAUUGUUCUAGGUUCAGGGGGUCACACAGCUGAGAUGCUAAAUCUCUUAUCCAUGCUGCAGAAAGACAGAUUUACACCUAGAUUCUACAUUGCUGCUGCCACUGAUAAUAUGAGUCUUCAAAAGGCACAUUCGAUGGAGAAAUCCUUAGUUGAUAUGACGGGGGAUGAGGCGCUUGAGAGUGCUCAGUUCAUGCAGAUCUAUCGAAGCCGGGAAGUUGGUCAAUCAUAUGUAACUUCUGUGGGGACUACCAUCAUUGCUAUUGCCCAUGCCCUAUGGAUAAUGAUUAAAAUCAGACCUCAAGUGAUUCUAUGCAAUGGUCCUGGGACUUGUCUUCCUCUAUGUGUAAUUGCAUUCCUUUUUAAGGUAGUGGGGAUUAGAUGGUCAUCUACAUUUUAUGUUGAGAGUAUAGCAAGGGUGAGGAGGCUCUCUUUAAGUGGCUUGCUUCUAUACAAGUUACGCAUGGCUGAUCAAUUCUUUGUGCAGUGGCCACAACUACAGAAGAAAUAUCCUCGAGCUCACUAUGUUGGUUGUCUCAUGUAGUUGAUUUUGGGUACUCCCUUUAACCUGCAACUUUUUGCAGUAUAAUCUGAAUCUUUGAAGUUUAAUCUUCUGUAUGCUCACUCUCUCUCCUCCCACCACUUUCCCUUCCAAAAAAAGAGGAGGAAAAAACAAAAAAGAAGUCCAAAUUACGUCUGUUUUAGUUCUAUAUCUCAAACAGAAGCUACUACAAUAUUCUGAAACUGAAAAAAGUAGGUGUUCUGUGGGUCUUAUCUUAUUUGGAGGAAAGAGUGAUGACCCUGUAAAGCUCUUUGUAAGGCAAGUAUGAUGAUGACCCUGUUGAACAACUAAGUUUAUGUUUUAUUUUAUAUAACAAAUGCAUUUUUUUAACACAA